UGAAGCCUUCUAAAUGGAUAUAGACAAAAUCAUGCCCGUUUGUAACACAUCCUCUCUCGGCUAGCGUUUGUGAGCAUUGCGGUUUUCCUUGCACAGCAACAAAUAUGGAGACGACAGAUGAGGAGGUGUCGAGGAAAUCCAAGAGAAACGCCAAGAAAUGCGCUGAGAUCGGCAGAAUUCUUGUCAAAGAAGAAGUCAAAGCUCGCGUUAAACAGGUGUCUGACAUUUUGAAAAAAAGUGAAAGUGCCAGAACUGAGGCAGACAAUGCAAUAUUGCAACAGUCACCAGAGAUCGUACAGUCCAUUGGGAAGAGAAGAAAGAGCAGGGAUGCUGCUAAACAACGCCUUUUGGAGGUUGAAGAUGAACCAGAAAUACUGAAGUCUAAGUGCCAGCAGCUGGCACGAGAGUUGAAGGAUUGUAAACAAGUUGUAGUUUAUACAGGAGCAGGAAUCAGCACAGCGGCAUCUAUCCCAGACUACCGGGGGCCUAAUGGUGUAUGGACUCUGUUACAGCAGGGAAAAGAAGUCCAGGCUCAGGAUCUUAGUGAUGCAGAACCAACGCUUACUCACAUGGCUAUCGCCAAACUUCACUAUGAGAACAUGGUAAAGCAUGUUGUCUCCCAGAACUGUGAUGGUCUUCAUCUAAGGAGUGGACUCUCCAGGAAUGCUUUGUCUGAGGUCCAUGGCAAUAUGUUUAUUGAGCUGUGCAAAGAGUGCAAACCACUACGAGAAUACAUCCGCUUGUUUGACGUGACGGAGAGAACGGGUGUGAGACGUCACAGCACGGGUCGCUCCUGUCACAUGUGUGGCUCACCGCUCAAAGACACCAUUGUUCAUUUUGGGGAAAAAGGAGGUCUGCAAUCUCCAUAUAACUGGCAGGAAGCUGCAGAUGCUGUGGAUGACUGUGAUAUGAUAUUAUGUUUAGGAUCAAGUCUCAAGAUUCUACGAAAAUAUCCCUGUUUGUGGUGCAUGGAUAUGAGACCUAAAGACAGACCAAAGCUGUACAUUGUAAACUUGCAGUGGACUCCAAAGGAUGAUUUUGCAACACUGAAGAUCAAUGGGAAAUGUGAUGAAGUUUUGAAGCUUUUAAUGGAAGAAUUAAACAUAGAUAUUCCAGAAUACAAAAGAGUUGCUGACCCCAUCUUCAAAUUGUACACACCUCUUCUCAAGACAGAGCUGAGCUUAACAUCCAAGAAGAUUCUCCAGAUUCCAGAUCAGUUAGAACCUAACCAGUUCAGUCAGGCUGUCAAAGCCUUCACAAAGAAGAAAAAAAUGACGAAUAAGAAAGUACCAGCCAGCAGUGUGUACAAAACCAUCAAAUGUUUACUGGAAAAGGAUCAAGGCAGCUCUUUAAAGUUUGUGGAAUCUACAAAUGUUUCCGGGAUUGAAGAGACAUCAAGUUCAUCUAACAUGGAUGUUGAGAAGAAACCACCAUGUCCAGAAAAAAGAGCAGAAAAAAGUAACAGACAAAGUAAGAUAAAAUCAGAGCACCCAGUUCUGUUUUCAAGACUGGAUUUGAGCACAGCCUCUGGGCAUAACUUACAUGUAGAUCUAUCAAAAACUAUGGUCAGUGUUUGUGAACAGUGUUGUGGCUCCACGUCAUUUGGAAAUUUACAGAAAUGUACAUGUAGCUCUGAAAAAACAGUUGACACAUCUAAAGACGAGGAGGGUUUGAAUUUAGAUGUAUCUGAUGGUGGUUAUAGUCAGAUACCAAACAGUGACCAUAUGUACUCCAGUAUGUCUAAUUUUGGUGUUGAAAAGGAAGAAAUUAAAGACUCAGUCCAUGAAGAUGAAUGCCAAGUGAUUGCACAGAUGCACAGUGAUUCAAAAACCCCAAUCUCACCAGUUACCUCCCUUCCUGGCUGGUUUGGCAAAGGUUGUAAUCCUAGAAAAAGAAAGCGAAAAUUAUAGGUACUUCCUAUGUUGUCAUAACCUGUUAUGUCCUUGUUGAUUCUUUGUGGGUAUCUACCAGUAUCUCAGGGUUGUAUUUAACCUGAAGUUUUUGUAAAGUUUUAUCUCAUUAAGUUGAUUUUGGGGGUACUUUUGUACUUCUCCAGAUCUCACAUCUAUGCACACGUUAUCCACUUUUGAACAAAACUCAGACCAAGUUCCAGCAUUCUGGGAGUCGUUCAGUGUAUUAUGUUAAGUUUUGUUGUCAUAUUUAUGUGAGGAUGAUUAAUUUUUGUGUGUAUGGAGAAUGAAGUUCACCACAAACACUGAUAUAUACUGGUGAAAGGUUAAUUAGAAUUAUUUUCCCUCCCUUUAGUUGAAGUAUAAUUUCUUGAUUUUAUGUCUGAUAUAUUGACCUUCAGAAUGAACAAUUUGUAUGUAAUUUAAACUGUAAAACAAAUUUAAAAUUCAGUUAUACCUACUUAUGUACAUGUACCUACAUUGCCUGUGGCUCACAUUAACUCCAUUGCCUGGGGACUUGAGCUAGUUUGUAAUAGGAACCUGUCAAACACCCAGCAGUAGGACCUUGAUGCCAUUUUGUUGACAUCAUACGUUUGUUUCCCAACUCAUCAUUAAAUACAGGACGACUUUACAGCUGAAACUAAUACAUUGUAGAUGUUGCGCUGCAAUCUUUUUUAACAUAACAAAAUGUCCAGGGGAGUAAAAAUACACUGCCUUCCCAUUGAUUACUCUGUGACUGUUGAAUUUAGCAUCAUUGCAAAAUGCGGAAAGGCAGCAGUAACAAUAAUUGUACAAUGAUACAUGCAUUUAAACUGAGUUUACAUCACUACUAUUUCAGUCAGUUGAAGAAUAAGCAUUGUGCAAAGUUGUGUAUUUAAGAUGUCCUGGGUAGUACAUGUAUAUGCCAGUUAGUGUUUGACUGAAAACAUUGCGAAAAGAUAUUUGUCACAGGCAUGAGCAGUAGGCUGUACAAUUGCUGUUGGUGAUAGUGACAAUGGAUGAAUUCAUGUGUUGUCCAAAUGUUGUGCCUAAAAUUAUGAUAUCAUGUAAUAUGAGAAGUUCAAAAAAAUCUAACAUUAUCUAUAUAAAAAUAUAUGCAUUAAAACAGUGCUUUAAAAGGGUUUCACUCAUUCAGCAAUGGUAUGUCACCAUAUGUUAAAUCAUUGUAUCUCUAUCACAACUCUCACAAGGGUCUGAUCAGUUGGACUGGAAGUUGUGUUCAUGGAUCUGCAUCAAUCUCAAAGACCCAUCACAUGGUCUUCUGUUGUAGCAUAGGCACACUUCUGUAUGCUUUUUUUCUGCAGAUGCAUACCGAUGCUCUCUCAAAACCGCUAUCUAGCUUUAAUAUUGGCAGUGGCAUCUCAUCAGUCUACAGUUUAUCAUUUUGUCCCAUAGGUUUAAGGUCUUAAACCGUAUCACCAGUCUUAUCCUAAAGUAAUAUAAAAUUAAUGGAACGUUCACACCUUCGGUGUAAGUUAACCUUCUGUAUGUGUGUAUGAAAGUCUUGUUUGAGAUACAUUUUUAUCCCGAGGACGAAUAAAGCAUUGUGAAAGUUCGCUUUAUUUUGCCUGUAUUCUCUGCUAGCUGAAGAUUAAGAUAUUACACCUUGAGUUUGUAGAAUACUGCUAGCCUAAGCCAAAGGACAUGAGUAGCAUACCUUACUUUGUGCUGGAAUUAGUAUAACCACUGCAGGCGAUAAUCUUUAACAAAUGUUUGAUACAACCUUUUUGUA